GAGGGAAGGCAUUCAACACAGAGAGAGAGAGAACGAGGUAAAGGAGAGAGAGGAACUCCCGUCUUAACUUAGUCCAACUGCCUCUCUGACACACACACACACACACAGACACACACAGACACACACUCUGUGCAGCGACUUCACCCCGGGAACCAGGAUCCUCCUGCAGACUCGUCCUUCAUCAUCCAUUCAUCACAUCUGAGACUUUUUCUCCUUUUUUCUUGUUUUCUUGUUUUUUCUUUCUUUCUUUCUUGUGACGCCUCCACAUUUUUCAGCCAUCUGUCCCUGACAAAAAAGACACGGAUUACUCAUUUUCUCUGCCGGCGUUGUGUGUUUUUCUCUUUUUUGUGUCUGGUUUCUUUACAGCUUUUUUCCUCCGUUUCACAGGUGGACUGUGAGCUGAGCUCAACUUUGCAGCUUCCAAACUUCUGAGAGAGAACGUGAGAGAGCGAGCAGAGGAGGAGGAAGGUGAAUCUCAAACACUCUUCUUCUUCAUCCAGGACUCAGUUUUUCUUCACUUUUCUACCAAACUCGACUCUUCUUCGUCUCCUCCGGCUCUGUUUGAGCAUCCGGCAGCAUCACUGAAUCUCCUGCCGUCAUGUCGCUGUUGCCCUUGCUCAGCUGGACCCUCCUGCUCCUGGUCCAGGUGCAGAGCAGCGUUUCCGCCUCGGACCCGGCGGGGCCCGGGCUCCAGCCGCUUUCCCUGACCGUCCACCCUCACCACCAGCCGGACGCCGCCUCCGGCUCCCACUGCCCCUCCUGCGCCCUGGCCAGGAUGCGGAGGAACGAAGGGGUCACAGCGGGGGAUGGCACGGCGAGGGGGCACGAGCAAGAUGAAGAUGAGGCGGCUCAGCAAGACGUGGUGGAGGCGGUGAAGAGGCACAUCCUCAACAUGCUGCACCUCCAGGCCCGACCCAACAUCACCCGGCCCGUGCCGCGCGCCGCGCUCCUCAACGCCCUGCGCAAGCUCCACGUGGGGCGAGUGGCGGAGGACGGCAGCGUGCAGAUCGAGGGGGAGGAGGAGGUGAGAGGGAGGGGAAGCCGAGGAAGAGGAGGAGGAGGGGGAGGGGCAGCAGCAUCAUCGGCGGCGGGAGCUCGGGCGGGAGACGGCAGCGAUGUUCAGGAGACGACGGAGAUCAUCACCUUCGCCGAGCCCGGUGAGGUUCCAGGCACGGUGAACUUCGUCCUCUCCAAAGAAGGCGGCGAUCUGUCUCUGGUGGAGCAGGCCAACGUCUGGCUCUUCCUCCGUUUAGCCAAGACCAACCGCAGCCGAGCCAAAGUCACCAUCCGCCUCUUCCAGCAGCACCACCCGUCCGGCGGACGUCCGUCUCUGCCGCAGGACGACACCCUCCUGUCAGAGAAGACGGUGGACACCCGCCGCAGCGGCUGGCACACCUUCCCGGUGUCGGCGGCCGUGCAGGCCCUGCUGCAGAGCUCCACAAGCACGACACUGAGCCUCAGGGUGUCCUGCCCGCUCUGCGCCGACACCAGCGCCACCAUCGUCCUGGUCUCGGGCAGCGCUGAGACGUCACAGCGCAACAACCAGCGGGAGCAGUCCCACCGGCCCUUCCUCAUGGCCGUGGUCCGGCAGGGAGACGGCAGCGACGCGCAGCGGCGCAGGAAGCGCGGGCUGGAGUGUGACGGGAAGGUGCGUGUCUGCUGCAAACGGCAGUUCUACGUCGACUUCAAAGACAUUGGCUGGAACGACUGGAUAAUCGCUCCACGCGGUUAUCACGCCAACUAUUGCGAGGGCGAAUGCCCCUCCCACGUGGCGAGCAUCACCGGGUCCACGCUGUCCUUCCACUCCACUGUCAUCAGCCACUACCGCAUGAGAGGCUACAGCCCCUUCCAGAACGUGAAGUCGUGCUGCGUGCCCACCCGCCUACGAGCCAUGUCCAUGCUGUACUACAACGAGGAGCAGAAGAUCAUCAAGAAGGACGUCCAGAACAUGAUCGUGGAGGAGUGCGGCUGCUCGUAGACGCAAACCCGAGCAGGAGAGGAGGAGGAGCACCUCUGAACCCAGAGAGGGAGGAGAGGAAGCUGACUCUAGGAUCAUCACGUCACUUUUAUUGACUGCGUUUCAUCCUUCGCCUCCGUCCGUCCCUCGAGGUCGCCCUCUGGGGUAAAAACUCUGCUCCAGACUCGUCCAGCAGAACUCAGAGAGUCUCCACGGCACUUUCAGAAAAAAGAGAAGAAAAAAAAUCUCUAAUAUAUUUUUGUUACAAACGGAGGAGCGAGGCUUAUUUAUGUGGCUGAGACGUUCAAGCACCGCUGAACCGACUUCGGAGAGACGAGGUGCCUGAAAAAAAUGCGAACAACAAAAGAAGAAAAAAAUCUCAAAACUAUGCAACUUGUUUCACGUAUUCAGACCUUAUUGUAUUUUAUUUGUCUCCGUUUGUCGGCUCCCCAAAUGUUUACUUUCUCAAAAUGUUGGAGGAAGACAGAAGAAGACUCUUGUAUUUUAUUUAGAAGUAUACGUUUGUGAUGUGUGUGUGUGUGUGCGUGUGUGUGUGUGUGUGUGUGUGUGUGUUGAGAGAUACUUGAAAGAAACAAGUUGGCUCGGCUGCUGGAACCAAACACUUCUUUAUGUUAUAAUUAUUAUUGUCAGUAAGUAUAUUAAUAUUAUUAUUGUUGUUAAUAAUAUAUUGUGUUAUCAUGUCUCUUUUUUAAAAGAAGCGUUUCAAACGUGUUUAUUUUUUGCACUAUAGCGACACUCGUGUUCAGAUUAGCCACAGACAGAGAGGACAGACCGGAGGGAGGUCACAGGUUUCAGCCCCACUAGUCUUGACAAAAUACUUGACUGUGUCAUCAGUUGUGUCACUUCCUGUUGCUGAGGCCUGGAGCUGGCGUCUAACGCUCACUGCCAGAGAAUCCUGAUUUUGCCAAAAGCACGUGGACAGGUGGAGGACUCGCGUUAGAAUGUACGUUUGAUUUCAGGAUGUUGGUCUUGAUGCUGUUUCACAAUAAAAGUCUAGCAGGAAUGCUGCAUCCCCUUCUGUUUGUUUCUGUCUGCCCACGCCCAGCUCUCUGUACUCACAGCAGCAGUGAGGUUUAUUGACGAAUCAUAACUUUAUUCACUUCUACGCUGAUGACACAGUAAUUCACUCAUCAGGCGUCUGCACUCACAGAUGUUGGAUUUCAAACAUUCAGCUGAUUUUCAGCUCACCUGCUUUGAAACCUUUAACUCCAGCCCCUUCAGUUCAACUUCUCUUCUGAUUGGCUCACAAAUAGAAACAUUUGGGUGAACAUGUUCAUCCAUCUCUAUGACAUCAUCCAGACUGACGUGUAGAAAAAACAGUUUCUACAUUUUUAACAUGAACAUGAGCUUCAUGACAGGAAAUCAGGAAAAGCAGAACGGUUCUAUAUUUUAUAAAAGAUUACUAAUUCAAACGUUUGCUAACAGUAGAUACACAAUAGAUGUCUCCAGAAAACGACGUUCUCAGCUCACCUGCAGCUUUCUGGCACUUAGCGGCCAUUCGAGGAACUAUGGGUCAUGGCAGGUCAGCUGUGGAGGCUUCUGAUUGGAUAAAUCUGCACGUGUCUGUUGCUAUAUAGCUGUGCUAGCCAACCAGUUAGCAUGUACAGAUUAAUAUGUUUAUAUGGAGCUAAGUACUUACAUGAGCUAAUCACACGAGGAACCUCCGGUCUGUCCGGUCAGAAGCUCCGAGGACUUCUGCUAAAGUGAAGCACUUAGAAAACGUGCUGGUCACACACUUUUCUGGGAUCCACUUCCUGCGUUUAUAAAACAGGCUAGCUAGUUCUCUGUGAUAGCUAGCCUACAGCUAACCCGCCUAUCGAACCUCUGCAAUCCACGUUCACGUCUUUGUCUGUGGUGAAUGUUUACAGCAUUAGCAUUGAUAUCUCAUCUUUCUCAAUGAACUCAAAAACAAAGCGGCCUUUAUGUCUUUAUUAAAGUUAUGUUGUGAGUUUUAUGGGAUUUUUCCACACAGGGGCUAAAAUUAAAACAAUUUUUAGUUAAAAUCGGGUGAAAUUUUAUUACAAAGAUCCUUGAAGUUUUUCUCCUAUGAGACAAAUCGCUGCAUAAACGCAGCAUUAAUCAUAUAAAAUGUUGUUAACAUGGCACUUUGAAUACAUGAAAUGGGAAUUUUCAUAUGAAUUCAGUUGAUUUGGUGAAAAUUCAAUUUUGACGGUGAAAUUAAAGCUGUUAAAGUUGAUAUUUAAUGUCUUAGUUUGCUUUAGGAGACCAAAGAGUCGAGUUUGUGUACCUUUUUGUUUUUAAAUGAAAAGAAAUGAAUUUAUGAUCUGAUUCAAAAGGAUUUCACAGAAAAACACAGAAAAUGAUUCCUGCAGUUAUUUUGUCCUGAGUGAACAGACGAUCGAUGUUUUCAUGUUUUUAGUUUCUCUGCUGUUGUUUCAUCCUCUCGCUCUCUGCACAUCAAGAACUCCACUUCCCACAAUGCUUUACUCUUCAUUGUUCUGAACUGAAAAAAGAAAAGGCAAUCCACAGCCGUAAAUUUGGGAGAAAACGCCGUCCAAUCAGAUUCCGGCUGUUUCUGUGUCAUGUGUGUUUCUAUCAGUAUUGUCGAUUUGUUCACCAAAAGUUUUGGAGUGUUUGUCGCCUUUUUGAUGAAGUUACAUGUUUUUACUUUUUGGAUUUUUUUGUUGUUAUGAUGGUUUCAUGGAGGGGGGCGGAGCCUCCUCUUGUUCUUCUGGACUGUGGGACGACCUCGGAGUUGGUCCUGUGUACAUGGACACAAACAAAACGUCAGUGCAGAAAAAAACUCAAAAAGAAGAAAAACAAACAAAACGUGGUUGUUAUUUGUUCAAAUUUUGUUUAUAUCGAAAUGAAAAAAAAAAUACUGACACUGAACAAAGUGGACAAAGAAUAAAAAGUCUAUUUUUUAUUCUGUAUAUAUGGAAAUCAGAUUCCAGUAUGUUGCAUUGCUUUGUUGUACAAAUCAAAUGUGCUUGUGGCAUUUUUCUAAUCUAAUUUAUUUUAUAGUAUUUUUUGUUUUUCUGCUUCACCAUUAAAGUUUAAAGGACGUACACGAGAGUCACGAGUCGUCG